GUCUUCAGCUAUUCUUAUUUUUCGUCUCUGUCAAAAAAGUUUAAAGAAAAUAAAAAACAAAUCGAUCUUUCCUUCCUUCCUCGUCAAAGGCUCUCUUCGCCUCGCCCUCUAUUCUUCCAUUCUCUCUCGACCUGGUUCAUUUCGACUCGGUUAUCUGAACUCACCGGCGAUUCAACUCGUCUCAACUCAUCUCAACUCCACAGUCGAUCCCUCCGUGCGUCUCAACUCAGCUCUCCAAGGUUUUGAUUGCUCGGAGGCCGGUUGGAGGCUUUUUUUUGCCGUAGUGGAAGAGAAGUAUGAGCAAGGAAAGCCCAGGAGAAGUGGAGAAUUAGGGUCCAUUUUCUGAAAGGUGAUUCCGGGGAUUUCGGGUAGGGAUUCUGGCAUUCCAUGGGCGAUGGCGGUGUUGCAUGCGUGCCUUCGCAGCCACAUAUUAUGGAGCGGUUUCCUAUUUGCGGAGGCAAAAGUAAUGGUAACAGCACCAGCGGCACCACUACCAGCACCAGUAGUAAGAGCAAGCUUAGUUCAUCUUCUACAACAACUGUUGUGAAAGUGAACGGGAAGACUAUGAAGAAGGUGAAAAAAGUGAUUAAGAGAAAACGAGAAUUGGGUCCCAAGAGUAGUGUGAAUAGUGAGAAAGAAGUUGUGGUUAGUAAUAGUUGCAAUAGUAAUAUUAAUGGUAACAAUAGUAGUAAUGUUGUUAAUAGUGAGGUUAAUAAUAAGGAUGAAGUGGAGGAGGGUGAAUUGGGUACUUUGCCAAUUGAGAAUGGCAAGGUGAUUGUGGAAAGGCCAACAACUAGGAAGCAUGAGAUCAGGAGUGAGAUUGAAAAGGGCGAAAGUGUUGUUGAUAAGUGGAAAAAAAGUGGGGAGGUGGAGAAGGGGGAGUUUUUAGGUGGGAGAUGGCGAAAACUGGAAGAAAAGAAUGAACCAUCAUCUGGGUCGUGGAGGACUUCAUCGAAAGAAGAAUUGGAAAAAGGGGAGUUUGUACCAGAUAGGUGGCGCAAAAGUGAGGUGGUAAUGAAGGAUGAUUACAGCUACUCGAGAACAAGAAGGUAUGAUUAUGCCAAAGACAAAGGAUGGAAAGGUGAGCGUGAGUGGACGCCUCCACCUCUGCCUUCUUCUGGGAAGUAUUUGAAUGAGAAGGAGCUCAGUAGAAGUGCGAAUCAGCUUACAAAGAGGGGUUCUAGAUAUGAAGAUGGUAUUUUUGACAGGACUCCAAGGAUCAGCUCAAAAGUUGUGGACGAAGAUGGUUAUGAACUCAGCAAUGGCAAGAGUUAUGCUAGAGAAUACUCUUCAGGUAACAGGCUAAAGCGCCAAGGUGCUGAUAUUGACAGCAGUGACAGGAAACAUCGUGGUGACUCUGAUGACUACACAAGUACUAGAAGCCGAAAGCUUUCUGAUAAUGGCACUCGGUCAAUGUACUCAUCAGAGCACCAUUCACGCAGGUCUGUGGACAGGCAAUAUAGAAAUUCUUCUUCUUCAUCCCGGAAUGUUCUCUCUGAUAGGUACUCUUCUAGGCAUUACGAAUCUUCAAGAGCAGGCUAUGACAAGUAUAACAGCAGUCCACAUCACUUUGAGAGGUCCCCACAUGAGCGGGCCCGUUACCAUGAUCAUCGUGAUUGGAGCCCGGCCCAUCGUGAAAGGUCUCCAUAUGAUCACAGCAGGUCCCCAUACGAUCGGAGCCGCCAGUAUGAUCACAGUAGGUCACCAUAUGAUAGAAGUCACCACUAUGAUCGUAGGAAGCGCAGCCCGAGUUAUUCAGAGUGGUCUCCACAAAAUCAAGCUCGGUAUCAGAGGGGUCGAAGCCCAAGUUUUUUGGAACGGUCUCCUCCUGAUCAUGGGAAGCCCCGUGAACCCAAUCGAAAGAAUGGGGCAAGCAAAAAGAGUAAUGGUGGAAAUAGAGGGGCAGAUGAGAAACCUCCCAACCAGAAGGCUCCAAUUGGAAGAGAUUUGCGGAUGUCAGUUAAAGAAUAUGAGGAUAGAAGUCACAUGGAUAUUGUUGAUGUUUCCAAGGUUAGAAAUGUAGUUCCGCCCUCAAACAAGGAAGAACAUUCUCAAGUUCCUGAAGUGACGGGUAAGGAAGUUCCUCAGGAAAAUGGAUGUGCUGAGGAGCUGGUCUCAAUGGAAGAAGAUAUGGACAUAUGCAAUACGCCACCACAUGAACCUGUGGUGGAUGAUGCAGCCACUGGGAAAUGGUUUUAUCUUGAUCACCUGGGAGUGGAGCAGGGCCCUUCCAGAUUAUCUGACUUAAAGAAAUUAGUGGAAGAAGGUUUUCUUGUGUCAGAUCACUUGAUCAAGCAUCUGGAUAGUGAUAGAUGGGUAACUGUUGAAAAGGCAGCCUCUCCAUUAGUGACUUCUAAUUUCCAUUCAAUUGUUUCGGAUACUAUCACACAGCUGGUCAGCCCUCCUGAAGCUCCAGGUAAUACACUGGUCGAUAAUGGAGAUUUGUCUGAAAUUAGUAGUCAGGUUGGCCAGGAAAAGCCACCCCCUUCCUUAGAUCCAAUAUCCUCUGGGGACAAUCUGGCGUCUGUAGAGCCUCUGGAAGACCUUCAUAUUGAUGAAAGGGUUGGUGCAUUUUUAGAUGGUUUUACAGUUAUUCCUGGCAGGGAACUUGAGAUGGUUGGAGAAGUGCUUCAGAUGACAUCUGGGGAUGGGGAGUGGGAGAGAUGGGGAAAAAUUGAAGGUUUCACUUGGCAUCAACUUCACCUGGGUGAUUACAAUGAUCAAAGAUCUAGUGAGGUUAUGCUCAAUUCUGAGUCUGCUUCCAGAGAAAGUGUGGAGUUGAGAGCAUCUUUGAUGAUAGCAGCAGAGAAGGAUGGUGCUUUUGCUUGUGAGAGUGGUGGAUGCUUUUCUGGCCAUUGGUCUUGCAAGGGUGGGGACUGGAAGAGGAUCGAUGAAGCUUCUCAAGAUAAAACUUGGAGGAAAAAGCUUGUUCUCAAUGAUAACUAUCCUCUGUGCCAGAUGCCAAAAUCUGGCUAUGAGGAUCCUCGUUGGCAGCGAAAAGAUGAGUUGUAUUAUCCUUCGCAAAGUAGAAGGCUUGAUCUUCCACCUUGGGCUUUUACCUCUCCUGAUGAAUGGAAUGAUAAUAGCAGUGUGAACAGAACACCUCAAAGUAAAACUAACAUUGCACGAGGAUUUCGAGGAAUGAUGCUUCCUGUGGUCAGAAUAAAUGCUUGUGUAGUGAACGACCAUGAUACACUUCUCUCUGACCCUCGUGGCAAAGCUAGGGUUAAAGACAGAUUCUCUUCAAAGUCCUCAAGAAACUACCCAGUAACUAGUGAAACAAAGAGGUCAUCGUCAGAAGGUCUUUCUAGAGUGAAAAACACACAUGAACAGGGCUCACAUUGUUCAUGGAAGAGUUCCACAUCCUUAAGUGUUCCUAAAGACCGUAUCUUCACUGCAGAUGAGCUUCAGCUGAAUUUUGGUGAGUGGUACUACUUUGAUGGUGCUGGGCAUGAACGAGGACCUUUAUCGUUUUCAGAGCUGCAAGUCUUGGCUGAUCAAGGUGUAAUACAGAAGCAUAGCAGUGCUUUCAGGAAAGUGGAUAAGAUUUGGGUUCCAAUUUCCUCUCCUAGAGAAGCUACUGGUCCCACUAAAGCUCUAGGAGUAAAUGGUGCCUUGAAUGAUACUGCUGGAGCUUCUGGAUUGGAAACAAGUGAUGCUAUACUUGGUAGAUGUAGCUGGGCUUCCAGUAUGUUUCACAGCAUGCAUCCACAGUUCAUUGGGUAUACUCAGGGAAAGCUCCAUGAGUUAGUGAUGAAAUCCUACAAGAGCCGGGAGUUUACUGCAGCAAUAAAUGAAGUCUUAGAUCCAUGGAUCAAUGCAAGACAGCCAAAGAAAGAGACUGAACGACAUGUAUACCCCUCUGCUCUCAAAUCUGAUCAAAUGCGUGCUAGUAAGAGACUGCGGAUUGAUGGUAGCGAGGAUGAGUAUGAGAUGGAGGAUGUCUCGGCUCCAUUGAAGGAUGAAUGGUCUUUUGAUGACAUAUGUGGUGAUGGUAAUUUUAGUGAAGCUGAAGCUGAAUAUCAAAAUGGAAUCUGGGCUGAUUUGGGAGACCGAGUUCUGGCACGAAUCUUUCAUUUCCUUAGAGCAGAUUUAAAAUCUUUUGCUAUUGUUGCUUCGACUUGUAAACACUGGAGAUAUGUCCUAAAGUAUUACAAACAAGUCUCUAGACAAGUCGACUUCUCGUCUAUUGCCUCAAACUGCAAUGAUGCCAGCCUGUGGAAUAUAAUGGAUGGAUACAACAAUAAAAAGAUUAGUACCUUGAUUCUACGUGGCUGCACCAAAAUUAGUUCUACUACGCUUGAGGAAGUUCUUCAGUCAUUCACGAGUUUAUCUUCAGUAGACAUUAGAGGUUGUAGUCAAUUGGAAGACUUGGCCUCUAAUUUUCCAAAUAUUAACUGGAUUAAGAGCCGGGGACUACAUUCAAAAACAAGGAGUCUCAAACAGUUAACUGAUGGAACUUUGUCAGCCUCUAGGAACUUCAGUGGUCUAGAUAAUCAAACAUAUGAUUCCAGUGGAUUGAGAGAUUAUCUGGAAAGUUCUGAUAGGAGAGACUCUGCAAAUCGGUUGUUUCGACAGAGCUUGUAUAAACGUUCAAAACUGUUUGACGCUAGGAAAUCUUCAUCUAUCUUAUCUAGGGAUGCUCAUAUGAGGCGGUUGGCCUUGAGAAAGUCUGAAAAUGGGUACAAGAGGAUGGAGCAAUUUCUGGCUUUAAGCUUAAAGGACAUAAUGAAGGAAAACACUUUUGAAUUUUUUGUGCCGAAGGUUGCAGAGAUUGAGAACAGAAUGAGAAGUGGUUAUUAUGUUGGCCGGGGCUUGAGUUCUGUAAAAGAUGAUAUUAGGCGUAUGUGCAGGGAUGCUAUAAAAUCAAAGAAUCGAGGUGAUGCUAGAAAUGUUAAUCAUAUUAUCACAUUGUUUAUUCGUCUUGCUACAAGUUUGGAGGAUGGUUCUAAGUCAUGUACUGAAAGAGAUGUGAAGAUAUGGAAGGAAGAUUCUCCUCCAGGGUUCUCAUCGUCUUCUUCUAAACACAAGAAGAAAGUUACUGAAAAGAAACACGCAAACAGGAGCAAUGGGUCCUCCUCUAUUAAUGGUAGUUCGGAUUAUGGAGAUUAUGCAUCUGAUAGGGAAAUCAGGAGGCGUUUAUCAAAAUUGAAUAAGAAAUCUAUGGACUCAGAAAGUGAAACAUCUGAUGAUAUGGACAGAUCUUCAAAUGAGAGCAUGACCGACAGUGAGAGCACCGCUUCAGACACUGAAAGUGACUCAGAUUUAAGGUCAGAAAUUGGACCGGGAGAAGCAAGAGGAGAAACAUACUUCCCUCCAGAUGAAGUAUUCGAUUCAUUGGCUGAUGAACGUGAAUGGGGUGCUCGGAUGACAAAGGCAAGCCUUGUGCCUCCUGUUACUAGGAAAUAUGAAGUCAUUGAUCACUAUGUUGUAGUGGCUGGCGAGGUGGAAGUAAGAAGAAAGAUGCAGGUGUCUCUCCCUGAGGAUUAUGCUGAGAAGCUCAAUGCACAGAGAAAUGGAACUGAGGAGUCUGAUAUGGAAAUCCCUGAAGUGAAGGACUAUAGACCUAGAAAACAACUGGGAGAUCAGGUGCUAGAACAAGAAGUUUAUGGCAUUGACCCUUACACUCAUAAUCUUCUUCUUGAUUCCAUGCCAGAGGAAUCAGAUUGGUCUCUCGUUGAUAAGCAUGUGUUUAUUGAAGAUGUGCUGCCUCGCACUUUGAAUAAACAAGUUAGGCAGUUCACUGGUUCUGGAAAUACUCCUAUGAUGUAUCCACUAAAACCGGUAUUCGAGGAAAUCCUGGAUACAGCUGAGGAAGACCAUGAUUGGAGAACUGUAAGAUUAUGUGAGUUCAUUUUGAAGAACAUUGAUAGUCGUCCAGAGGACAACUAUGUUGCAUAUAGAAAGGGGCUUGGUGUGGUCUGCAAUAAAGAAGGUGGCUUUGGUGAGGAGGAUUUUGUUGUUGAGUUCUUGGGAGAGGUUUAUCCUACUUGGAAGUGGUUUGAGAAGCAAGAUGGUAUUCGGUCUUUACAGAAAAACAGUAAAGAUCCAGCACCAGAGUUUUACAACAUAUAUCUUGAGAGGCCAAAGGGUGAUGCUGAUGGGUAUGAUCUAGUAGUUGUUGAUGCAAUGCACAAGGCAAAUUAUGCUAGCCGAAUAUGUCACUCAUGUCGACCUAAUUGUGAAGCAAAGGUUACGGCUGUUGAUGGCCAAUACCAGAUUGGAAUCUACACUGUACGUGCAAUUCAAUAUGGUGAAGAGAUAACUUUUGACUAUAACUCUGUUACUGAGAGUAAAGAAGAGUAUGAAGCUUCUGUUUGUUUAUGCGGCAGCCAAGUUUGUCGUGGCAGUUAUCUGAAUUUGACGGGUGAAGGGGCCUAUCAAAAGGUGCUGAAGGAGUAUCAUGGAAUCCUGGACCGACACCAGCUUAUGCUAGAAGCUUGUGAAUUGAAUUCAGUUUCAGAAGAAGAUUAUAUUGACCUGUUAAAGGCUGGACUUGGCAGUUGUUUGCUGGAUGGAUUACCAGACUGGCUGAUUGCUUACUCAGCUCGUCUUGUGAGAUUCAUUAAUUUUGAGAGGACAAAACUUCCCAAGGAGAUUCUCAAGCACAAUUUGGAAGAAAAGAAAAAAUAUUUUGCAGAGAUUUCGAUGGACUUUGAAAAGAGUGAUGCCGAGGUUCAGGCUGAAGGUGUAUAUAACCAAAGGCUGCAGAAUUUGGCUCUUACUCUUGACAAGGUGAGGUAUGUAAUGCGAUGUGUUUUUGGUGAUCCAAAGAGAGCCCCUCCCCCUCUUGAGAGGCUUGAUCCCAGAGAAGCAGUUUCAUAUCUCUGGAGCGGAGAGGAAUCCCUCGUGGAAGACCUUAUUCAGUGCAUAGCACCGCAUAUGGAAGAUAAUAUGUUAAGUGAACUCAAGGCUAGUAUUCGUGCUCAUGAUCCGUCUGAUUCUGAUGACAUUGAGACGGAUCUGCAGAGGUCGUUAAUAUGGUUGAGGGAUGAGGUGCGGAACCUUCCUUGUACUUAUAAGUGUCGGCAUGAUGCUGCUGCUGAUUUAAUCCAUAUAUACGCCCACACAAAGUGCUUCUUCAGAAUAAGAGAAUACAAGACUGUUACUUCUCCGCCUGUGUACAUCAGUCCGCUUGACCUGUGUCCCAAGUAUGCAGAUAAGUUGGGCUCACAGGGUCACGAGUACUGCAAGACAUAUGGCGAGAAUUAUUGUUUAGGACAGCUGAUAUAUUGGCAUAACCAAGCUAAUGCUGACCCAGAUUGUGGCCUUGCCAGAGCGAGCAGGGGUUGUUUGUCUUUACCAGAAAUUGGUUCCUUUUAUGCAAAAGUCCAGAAACCAUCACGCCAGCGUGUUUAUGGUCCUAGGACUGUGAAGUUUAUGCUUUCAAGGAUGGAGAAGCAGCCUCAGAGACCUUGGCCAAAGGAGUGUAUAUGGUCAUUUACAAGUUCUCCCAAAAUCAUUGGCAGUCCUAUGCUAGAUGCUGUACUAAACAAGGCUUCGCUUGACAAGGAGAUGUUACAUUGGUUGAAGCACAGGCCUCCCAUUUUUCAAGCAAUGUGGGACAGGUGAAAUUUUGCAGGCAGUGAGAAGCAGCGGGAUUAGAUUGUUAUUCUUCUACCUAGUCAUUGUUUAGGAAUGGUUUCCGAGAUUUAGUUAACAUGUGAGGUGGGGCUGGCUGUUGAUUCCCCAUUCUGCUGCUUCCACCCUCCAUUCUUGUGUACAGUUUAAUCUUUUUUUGCAAUUUCAUUCCUUUUUUUUUCAUAUGAUUUGUAAUUCAUGAUUAGUGGUAGAUAGUCUUCCUUUCUAAUUUAAUGGAAAUGGCAUAAGGGCUGAAAAAUCGGGUUGUCCAAGCAUUUUGCUUCAUGCUAUAUCCUAACCUCCAUAUGCUAUAUCGAUUUAGGCUAAUUAAAGAUGAGAGUUUUUAUGGUUCAA